AUGUUUCUUCUUCCAACUCAACGACCAACCUCACAGGCCCCUUUUCCUAACACCUACGGUUAUUCCCCCCGAGUCUCCCGCACUCACCCCAAUUCUCUCGACCGGAGCAUUUCGAUUUCGCUUUCCAAGCUUCCUUGCAAACCUAGUGUGCGGUCUAGAAUCCAGGAACCCGCAGAGGAACAAACCUUGGCCCAUCGCAGCAAUACCAAUAAGCGCAUCUACUCAUCGGAACUCUCUUUUGAACCGCACGCCAAGUCCGUCUCCCACUUACCGGCACCCAAUCAGGAAUUCGAAGCAAUGGCACGCCAGGGAAAUGUAAAAACGGCCUCCUCAGGCUCGGCCGCGGCGAUGGGCUCAUCCUCCACGGAUCCCACGUCCGCACCCUCCCCGCGCGACCGCAUUAUGACGCACAUGAACCGCGGCCACCAGCGCGAGCUCUCCCUUUACCUGCGCCACUACGCUGGCCUCAGCCGCUCCGCCGCCUCGUCGCCGUGGCUCAAGGACUGUACCUUCGAAGGCAUGACCAUCGCGGCUGGCGGGCUCGGCGGCAAGGAGUUCUUCAUCGAAUUCAAGCCGGCCCUCACGGCGUGGGAGGACGUGCGGCCCGCCGUCGUGGAGAUGGCGCGCGCGUCGCAGCAGGCGCUGGGGUACAGCGACAUCACCGUCGGGCACUUUGCGCCGCCGCAGGGCUUUGACGUGGUUGUGUUUGGGGCCGUUGCGUUCUACUUUGUCUGCUGGCUCACGCUUGGGUUUGUGCUGCCCGGCACGCCGAUCUGGUCCUUCCUCCAGACCGCGUUCCCCGGCGGUCCAAGGUUCUAUCGGUGGUUGGUCAAGGCCAUAUUUCUGCCCGUCUUGGGAAUCCACCUGAGCGAGUGCUAUUGGUUCCACCGCACGAGGCUUCACAGGCACGGCAUCGAGUUUGGAACGGGCUUGUGGUGGACGUGGAUCGGAAGUCUGUUCUUUGAGGGACUUCCUGGCUUCUGGAGGUUCGAUGGCAUUGUCGCGGCCAAGAGGCAGGAGAAGGAGAGCAAGAGCCACUGA